CUCCACAUAGUCUUUAUAUCUGCUUCUAAUAAUAGUUUCUAAGAGGCUAACUUUAGCUCGAAAAGACACCAUCCAGAUGUCGGUAACUAAACUUGUCUCUCGCGUGUCAGAGUUGAUUAUUAUUAGUUGUCAGUCAUUAGUAACUUACAUUUAGCUAAAAACAUUCAACUCCGCUAGCUUUUUGGCGUGGUUGCUUUUGAUUUUAGCGUUUAGAUAUGAAAAGAUAAAUAACAUGUUGGACUCCACAUGCAGUUGGAUAAUGACGCAACGUCCGGGUAUUUUAUGGUGGUGUUCAGGGUUGCUCUGUGGCAGUCUGUCCGUCACUUGUCAACAUGUGCAGUAUGUAGCAUGCCUUGUGAAGUAAAGCCUCGGUUCGUGCUGCUGUACGGGUCUCAGAAGGGCCAAGCGCAGUCCAUAGCAGAGGGGGUAGCUGAGGUGGCAGAGGAGCACGGACUGGUUGCAGAGCUCAGCUGCUUGAGCCACAAUGAGAAGUACAAUUUGGAGAAGGAGAAAAGCCCAGUGGUCUUUAUUGUGUCUACUACUGGAGAUGGGGAACCGCCAGACAAUGCCCUCCGAUUUGUAAGGCGCAUCAAGAAGAAGACCCUCUCCACUGACCACUAUAAACACCUUUCCUAUGCACUUUUAGCUUUAGGAGACACAAAUUAUGCAAAUUUCUGCAACUGUGGGAAGACAAUUGAGCGUCGUCUACAGGAACUUGGAGCCAAACAAUUCUAUGCAACGGGAUAUGCAGAUGAUGGUGUAGGGCUGGAGGUGGUUGUGGACCCCUGGCUAGACGGACUGUGGAAAGCAAUCAAAGGAGCCUUAUCAAAAAUGGCUUCUGAUAGGACUGGUUACUUGAAAGGAGAAGCAGGGGAUUCACCACAGGAAACUCCUGAUUCAUCCAUACCAGAUGUCCAACUAAACCUCUUAAGCAUCGCUGAGCGCCAGAACUGCGAGUCGGUCAGAGCAUCCGUAGAACCGGUCUCUAAAUUUGCAUCUGCUGCUUCACCUUCAGCUUCUGCUACACAGACUGCUGUUUCUGAUCUCAGGCCAGCUUCUCCUGCAGGGAGCCCUGGGUUGGCUUCCCAGUCUCACGGUGAUGCCAGUGUUUCUACAUCAGCACCAGAGACGAAGACCAAGGAUACUGGAGUUCCUCAUGUUGAAUUGGCAGCCUCACUGACACGCUCCCUGCCGCCGCUGUCAGAGUCGUCACUCAAUGUUCCUGCUCUACCUCCUCUGUACCUGGAUGUCUCUCUUCAGGAGGUGGAUUCUGUGGAACGGAUGGAUGGACUGUUAAACAAAGACACUCUUUAUGAGGUUUCCAUAUCCAGGGCAGUUCAGCUGACCAGAGGAGAUUCAGUAAAGAUGGCCCUACUCUUAGAGCUGGACAUCUCUGCUUACCCAACGAUAACACAUCAGCCAGGAGAUUCGUUUGAUGUGUUCUGCCCAAACAGGGGCACUGAGGUGGAGGACAUGCUCCGCAGAUUGGGCCUUCAUGAACAGAGGAACCACAGAGUACACAUUUCUCUACGUAAAGACAAUAAGAAAAGAGGUGCCCAGGUGCCACCCUACAUUCCCCAGAACAUCUCUCUGCUGUACCUGCUCACAUGGUGUCUAGAGAUUAGACACGUUCCUAAGAAGGCAUUUCUUCGAGCGCUGGUGGAGCAUACAGGGGACGCUGUGCAGAGGAGGAGACUGCAGGAGCUCUGCAGUAAACAAGGCACCGCAGACUACAACCUGUAUGUGAGAGACCCAAGCCUAAGUGUCCUGGAGCUUCUGUCAGCCUUCCCAUCCUGCAUGCCUCCUCUCAGCCUCCUCAUAGAGCAUUUGCCGAAACUGCAGCCCAGGCCUUAUUCAGCAGCCAGCUCCUGUCUUAGGCACCCAGGAAAGCUGCAUUUUGUCUUCAAUGUAGUAGAGUUCCCAGCAUGCUCUGGGCGGCCUGCGGGGAGGCGAGGCUUGUGUACCGGUUGGCUGUUUGACCUCAUCAAUCCUGUCCUGGUUUUCCCAGGGAAGGCUGAAUCCUCCGGCAGCCCAGCUCUGCCAAAGAUCCAUGUGAGUUUGAGACCCAACUGCUCCUUUCGGCCUCCAUCUGACCUGUCGGUGCCCUUCAUAAUGGUUGGACCGGGUACAGGAGUUGCUCCCUUCAUUGGUUUCCUUCAGCAAAGAGAGAAGGAGAGGCAGGAGAACCCCGAGGCCACGUUCGGCGAAACCUGGCUGUUCUUCGGUUGUCGCCACAGGAACCAAGACUACCUGUUCAGAGAGGAGCUGGAGGACUUUGAGUCCAGCGGUACUCUGAGCCACCUCAAGGUGUGUUUCUCCAGAGAUGACCAGGAGGAGGAGGAGGAGGAGGAGGCUGAGGCGGCCACCACCAUCUCUGCAGCGCGAUGCAAAUACGUCCAACACAACCUGCUACUUCACAGCCAACAGAUCACUGACAUUCUGCUCAAACGUAACGGUUGCAUCUUCGUCUGCGGAGAUGCUAAGAACAUGGCUAAAGAUGUGAACGACACCCUGAUGGAUAUGAUCAAAACAGAGCUUCAGGUGGACCAGCUGGAGGCCAUGAAGACACUGGCAAGGCUGAGAGAGGAGAAACGCUACUUACAGGACAUCUGGGGCUGACAGCGCAUGACGAGAUAAGGGCAUUUUGCAGCAUCCACUGGGCUUCUUUUUUUUUUUUUUUACACCUUCAAAAAAAAAAAAUCAGCAUGCUCAGCUGUAACCUCUGGAACCAUAAAAUUGUGGAUGCUGAAGCCCGGAGUUAGUUUACACCACCCAAUGCUACCAAGAUGGAAUGUACCAUGCUGACCCAGGGAUAUCGGUUCACUACAUCAUCUCGGGCUUUGCUGUUUGAACAAAAAUGACCUUGGUCUCGGCAAUAGUGCUGGAGAUUGGUCCGGCAGUGUGAAAAUGCUUUUAGUGUAGACAAGCCUCCUUCUCCUCGUCCUGUCUGGGGAAAAGGCACUUACUUCCGUCGGCUGUGAUGGAGUGAUUUUGAUGAGACUGUGUGGGAUAUCGCUCCAGCCUAGAUGGAAACAACACAGCAAUCUGUAGCUCUUUAACAACACACACACACACACACACACACACACACACACACACACACACACACACACACACACACACAGUAAAUUGGUUAUUGUCAUUCAGGAUGAAAGAAAUCUUUUUUUCUUCAUCAGUUAUUUUUUGUUUUGCUGUGCCAAGCCGGCACUAAAUGCCAGCUCAAUGCACCAAGGUAUAUACCUCUGAAGUCAUAAUCAGUAGAAAUGAUUUCAAAUGAUGAUUUGAAAAAGUAUCUCAAUUCCAAAAUAUUUUGAUUUGCUGCAUUAUAACUUAUUAUCAUCAUAUUUCAAUCCAAAAUACUGUGGGUAUAGUUUAUCCUAUUUCGGAGAUAAUGAGAACAGGUUUUUUAAUCAUUUUUGUAACUCAAGUUCUUGGAGAUGUGGACAGUUAUCAGUGAUUCAUCAUUAUACUGUGUGCUAAAUUAGUACAAAGGGCAUGAAUCUCAAUGAUAAUGCACAGCUUUAACUUUGUUUAUGCCUGUUUGCCCCAGCAGUCUGUCUGUCUGCCAGUUUGGAGACGGUCAAGUCCAACUUUUCUAAGUCCUGCAAACCUGACUCAAAUCUCACAAACUGUAAUUAAAACAAACACAACUGUGCCUUGUGUGAUCAGGAAUAAAAAUACAUUUCAGUGUAAA